AUGGUGAUGCUAGAGAUGGAAAUCAUCAACCACUUAAUGUCAGAAGAGAUUCAACAGCAGAUCGUCAGGGAGACUUUCCACCUUGUCCUCAAGCGGGAUGACAACAUCUGUAAUUUCCUAGAGGGGGGAAGUUUGAUUGGCGGUUCAGACUACAAAUUGAUUUAUCGACACUAUGCCACUUUGUAUUUUGUGUUUUGUGUGGAUUCUUCAGAAAGUGAACUGGGGAUUUUGGAUCUCAUUCAGGUUUUUGUGGAGACAUUGGACAAGUGUUUUGAAAAUGUCUGUGAGUUGGACUUGAUCUUCCACAUGGAUAAGGUUCAUUACAUCCUGCAGGAGGUGGUGAUGGGUGGUAUGGUGCUAGAAACGAACAUGAAUGAAAUUGUGGCCCAGAUUGAAGCUCAAAACAAAUUGGAGAAAUCAGAGGGUGGCCUUUCAGCAGCCCCAGCCCGCGCUGUGUCUGCAGUGAAAAACAUUAAUCUACCUGAGAUCCCCCGGAACAUAAAUAUUGGGGAUAUCAACAUCAAAGUUCCCAACCUCUCUCAGUUUGUCUGAAGACUGAAGGACCAUCAGAUGGAUCAAGCUGAAUGGAAUCUCUUUGAAAAUCCAAGGCCAGGCUGAUUGUGGAUCUGAGCAAAAUUUGAGUCUUAGCAGCAUUAAGACCUAAGUCUUAAGACCAUGGUCUCUUUUUGUCUGGGCAGACUCAUGGGUGUGGGAUUAGGGAAAAGUUUAAUGUCAUUAUAUUACAAUCUCUGUACACAUAUCCAACAUGAAGUUCUUCCUUGCCUACAGGUACAGCAUUCACGUAGGGGAUACAUUUCCCACUUAAGUAAAUCAGCUAGUAGUCUUAGAUCUCCCGUCCCAUUUUCUUCUGCAUGCUGAAUCUCCCUGAGGUGUUGGCUGUUUGAUAACCAGAUAACCAGAGGGUCAUUAUUCUCGGUGCCACAAGAUUCUUGUGAUUAUUGUAUAUUUCUGCAAGGUGCCAUGAGUAAAUCAAAAAUUGGCCCUUCAGAUUCAGGAAAGCUGGCUUUCCUCUGAAGACUUUCCAGCAUCAGAAAAUGAUAGGUGUGGGGGACUAAUUUUCAUAGAAGACUGAGUCUUCUGCUGGUUGGACCAAGGUUAUUGGAGCCAAUAGUGUCUCACUACACCCCUUUGUAGCAACUAACACAUUUCUUCCCCCAAGAAAAUAAUUUCUAAUCUGGUGAGAAUUCAAGAUCUGUUUUCUUUGGGGUUUUAUGAACAGUUUAUGGUGAGAAAUGUGACAGCAGCUUCCAUUCACUGCAUAACCACAGAUUGACAAUGGAUUUACAACCACCUGCCUUCUCAACAGAUGAUAAAUCCAAUAAACUUUCUACCUAAAGAAUGGUCCUGGCUGAGGGAAUACUUUUGGGACUGGGAGCAUUACUUUCAUGGCAACUGAUGUGAGCUAAUAAUUGGAUUAUUUUAGGUUUCUAGUUCUUUUGUGAGAUGUCUUCCCUUAGCUUACCUUACUGUUGAUCUUUUAGUUCUUAGUUCAGGGUUGAAUGUUGCUUCUACCUCUUCUAUAUCAUAAACCAGAUAAAAGACUAGGAUAGAGUAGGAAUAACAGAGCAAUGUGUUUGUGGGAGGUUGGGGUGAGGAGUGGAGAUGUUCAAGGACUAUAUCAAGGAGUGUCAGCAGAAUUUCAUGAUAUCAGUGAGUUUAAAGAAGCCCUACCUUAGUUCCAGAACAAGGUGUGUCCCUUUCAGGUAAGACUCUGCCAUGACUUGCAUAUCUCUUUUUCUCAAGAUAAAUUUAUAGCUAAUUUAUGCCUAGUAACAUUAAAAUUCCUAUCCUCCCCACUGCCUUUCUCCAGGACCUGAUCAGAAGCCUCAGAGCAGUUAUUUGAAUAGCACACUGUGUUACCUGUAUGGUCAAACUCCCUUAAUCAUCAUAAUAAACUUUCUCAAUCUAA